AUGUGUACCACACGCGCCGCCGGUUCCUUCUUCAUAGUCGUCGUGGCCUUGGCGGCUGUUGCCCCCGCCGAAUACUACGAGCCCAAACCCACGACCAAGCCACCCUCCACUUACACUCCAAAGGCUCCUUCCAACAUCAACAUUGCCAUCGACGGCGUCGUCUUGUGCAAAGCAGGCUACCCCAUUCAAGGAGCCAGAGUGAAGGUGGUGUGUCCGUUGCUGAACUCAUACGGUAAACCGGAGGCUUUGAUCGUGGUAUCGAGCAGCCCGACCGAUACGAAAGGUUACUUCUACUUCGUACCGUACGGACUGACCGACAUGGUGAAGAAUGUCAAGGCUUGCAGAGUGAAGCUCGAGAGCUCUCCUCUCUCCGCCUGCAAGAUUCCGACCAACGUCAACAAGGGCAUUGCGGGAACUCCUCUGUCUUCGGACUUCAAGAUUCUCCCCGACAAGAACUUGAAGCUCUACACCGUCGGACCUUUCUUCUUCUCCGGCCACGUGGCUCCCAAACCAGGACACUAGAUAUUGAUUUGAUUUUUUGGUUUUGUCUGUUCUUCUUUUUGAUCCUAUAUAUUUGUUGAGGUUGAUUUGGCCUGUGGCAUGCGUUAACAAAGAC